AUGCCUGAUUGUCAGAUGAACGAUAAUGAAAUCCGGAGAGGUGUACGGGAUGCUGUGGCUGAUAAUGACGUGAUGUUGAUUGAUACAAUGGUAGAAAAGGAACAACCAGUGCCUCACCUCCCUGAGGACGCUGGAGUUGCAAAGCAGGAGUCACCUCUCUGUGAGGGUGAUCAAAACCCUGUUGUAAUCCCAAGAUCGCAUCCAGUAGACCAUGGCCACCCCGAUGUCGAGGACCUUCAACAGCAUAAUGACAGUGGUCACUCACCCAGGGAAAAUAUUUUUGUUGAACCUCCUGGCACUGUUCAUGCUGACACCACAGCUGAUGCCAAUACCAACGAGCCACAUGACAAUAGUGGUAAACCUGAUGUCGCAAAUCUGGAUCCUCAGAAUCAGCUGGAUUCUGCCAAACCCAACAAGAGUUCAUUGGAAACGAAAGGAGAAGAAAUGAAGGUAGUGGAAUCAGAUAAUGGGACUACUGGAAUGGAGGUUCCUGUGGAAAAUGAAACUAGUAAGGAGAAAUCAAACAUAGGGGUGAAAGUGAUGGAGUUACCUUCAAACAAUGAAAUAAAGGAGGAAAAAUUUAACAAUGGGGUGACAAGGUUGGAGUUGCUACAGGAGAAUGAAAAGGAGAAGGAAUUGGAGAACGGGAUGACAGGGAUAAACGAGGUACCAGGCGCUGAAGCGGAGGAGGAAUCACGGAAACCAGAGUUGGAUGUAGGAUGUGAGAUUGAUGUGAAAACCCCCAGCAAGUCCUUUCUUUUGGAUUCAAAUGCUAUCGGGGUUGAUGAAUCGGGAACAGAGGAGGAGCAAGCUGCAUUCAUGAAGGAAGUGGAAAUUUUCCACAAAGAGCGUUUCUUAGAAUUCAAGCCCCCAAGGUUCUAUGGAGAGCCAUUAAAUUGCCUCAAGUUAUGGAGAGCGGUGAUCAGACUUGGUGGAUACGAACAGGUUAGUCAAGGAUUUCAUUUUCCCAACAUUCUCAUUGUUAUUCAUUUUUUUUUCAUGUGCAUCACCUUUUAUUGCCGUUUGGGAAGAACAUUUGGUUUAAUCCUAGUAUCAGAAGACGUGUGGCAAAAAUUCUCAAAAGAUGAUACCAAAUCUGGUUUUUGGGCUGCUAAUGAUUAUAGCUUUAAAGGCUGUCUAUGGUUUGCUUUUGUGGCUAAAGUGUUCGUAAAAAUAUGGUCUCUUAAGGUUUAUUUAGGUGAGGCAAAGGUGACUUCUUGCAAGUUGUGGCGGCAAGUGGGAGAAUCAUUCAAACCCCCUAAGUAGGAGUAACUUCUCUUUCAACUUUGGAGUCUCAGUAAUUUUUAUGACUUGAAAAGGAGGAACAGUUUUUUUAAUUAAUCAAUCUGUAGGCUCUAUUGGCUGGUUCAUUUAAUAUGCUCUCCUAAUAAGAUUUUUCACGCACUAGUUGCCAUUGGAAUUGAGUUACAAAAAAAUAAGUGAAUAUCAUGUUUCAUGUGGUCGGAGUUCUUAUAGCAUCCAACCCAAAACUAAUUGUCAAUAGGUGGAGUGAUCCCUCAAGUAUAUAAACCAAACUUGGUGGUACUAAUUAUUCGAUGUGGGAUACAAGCUCUCUUAACUCCCUCUCUCACGUGGGAUUGGGCAUGCACGUGGGGUCAAAAAUGAAACAAACAACCAUCCAUACCGGGAUUUAAAUGGAAAAGAGCCUUGAUCCAUUGACCACCCAAGGCGGAGCUUUGAUAGCAUGUUAGAGUAUCCAAACCAAAACUAAUUGUCAAUAGGUGGAGUGAUCCCUCAAGUAUAUAAACCAAACUUGGUGGUCCUAAUUAUUCGAUGUGAGAUAUAAGUUCUCUU